UUUAAAAUAGGAUAUAAUUGUUCUAUGAUAAGUAGUUUAGAGAUUGUUUUUCCGCAGCACCAUUUGUACGUUUUCAGUUGCUGACUCUCACUGUGAGCCACGUAUGUGGAACGUGGCGCAUUGUUAGGCCCCCUAAGCUAAUAGCAAAGAAAAAUAGCGAAAGAAGCACCGCACCGUUGGCACCUUCCAUCACUACGCCUGAAUUAAGUUUUUCAGAGGCAUAUUCUCAAACACCUUAUAUGCACAGGACAUACAUCGCUGGGCAAGGUUAUGCGAACACUCAAAAUUGCCGAUGAGGAGUAUCAUUUCAUGCCUUAACCGACGGCGUCUGGCAGUCCUGUCCCCAACUCUGCGUUUUGGCUGCUCAGUUGAGACUGCUUGGUGGGAAUACUCAUCCAGUAGUUUUCCUGAGGUUGUUUUAGCUGGAAACCAUGGCAAUUUUGUGUCAACCCCAAAAUACUUUUCUACUGGUUUUUCCAGUGUGCAUGGAGAAAGGCCAACCGCUGAGUAUGCUAGGUUGAGGAAGGAAUCACUAGAAAGCGAAUUCGGUCAUGCACUUACUUAUAAGUCGAAAAGCCUUUCAUCAUUAUAUCGUUUUGGCCCAUUCAUGGCUUUGUACAGAGCAGCCAUUAUUUCGUUCUAUGUGUUGAAGCUAACCGUCUGGCGCUUAUUUGUCCAUGACUUAAGAAGACGUGCUGUUAAGUUCCGAGAAACUCUUAUCGACUUGGGUCCUUUCUACAUAAAGCUGGGACAAGCUUUAAGCACAAGGCCGGACAUAUUACCAAAAGUGUAUUGUCAAGAACUUGCAAAGUUACAGGAUCAAAUCCCCCCAUUUCCAACUCAUCUUGCAAGAAGAUCUAUUGAGUCCCAGUUGGGUGUUCGCGUUUCACAAGUAUUUGCUGACAUUAGCAAGGAGCCAAUUGCUGCAGCAUCUCUCGGCCAAGUAUAUAAAGCUCAUUUGCAUUCUGGGGAGCUGGUGGCUGUUAAGGUCCAGAGGCCUCAUAUGUCUCAUUUACUGACACUGGACGCUAUGUUAUUUCACAUGAUUGGUGGCCAACUAAAAAGAUUUGCAAAAGCUCGUAAGGAUCUGUUGGUAGCUGUCAAUGAGAUGGUGAGACACAUGUUCGAAGAAAUUGACUACAUCCUGGAAGCACAAAAUGCCGAAAGAUUCGCAUCUCUUUAUGCAUGCAGUAAUAAAGAGAAAACUGUCCCAGGGAGUGCAGUAACUGAUAAUGUCGAGUGUCAGAAAACUGUUGGUAUCAAGGUCCCUAAAAUAUACUGGAACUUUACCCGUAAGGAGGUGCUUACGAUGGAGUGGAUAGAUGGGAUUAAAUUGACAGAUGAAAGUCGAAUGAGGAAGGCAAACUUAAACAGGAGGAGACUUGUUGACCAGGGGUUAUACUGCUCAUUGAGGCAGUUGCUUGAGGUGGGGUUUUUCCAUGCUGAUCCUCAUCCUGGGAACCUAGUUGCUACUGAGGAUGGAUCUCUUGCCUAUUUUGACUUUGGCAUGAUGGGAGACAUUCCACGUCACUAUCGUGUUGGACUUAUUAAAGUGCUUGUUCACUUCGUUAAUCGAGACUCUCUGGGUUUAGCAAAUGACUUUCUUUCUCUGGGAUUUCUACCUGAUGGAGUAGACAUUCAAUCUGUUUCAGAAGCUUUGCAAGCGUCCUUUGGUAAUGGAACCAGACAAUCCCAAGAUUUUCAGGGCAUAAUGAAUCAAUUGUAUGAUGUCAUGUACGAGUUCAACUUUUCUCUUCCUCCUGACUAUGCUUUGGUGAUAAGAGCGCUUGGAUCUCUUGAAGGAACUGCAAAAGCAUUGGAUCCAGAUUUCAAAGUUGUUGAAAGUGCAUAUCCUUUUGUUAUCGGAAGACUCUUGGUAGAUCCAACUCCUGAUAUGAGGAGAAUAUUGAGAGAGCUUCUCAUCCGCAAUGAUGGUUCUAUUAGAUGGAAUCGUCUAGAGAGACUGAUUGCAGCAAUAUCUCAGCAGGCUUCUGAAACAGAAGGAGAAACUCAGGAGAGUUACUCGGAUCCAUUGGGAUCAUUCGAUAUACGGGCUGUAGUCUCUGCAACAGAAGACCUUUUCCAAUUUAUAUUGUCAGACAAGGGUUCAAGAGUCCGUGUAUUCCUUGUCAGAGACAUAGUUAAAGCAGCUGAUGUUUUCUAUCAAGAUGAAUUUCUAAAUAAUCUUCUUGAUGAGAAGCUUCGAGCGAGACGUUUAUUUGGAUAUGAGGAACAUGGUAUUAUGGUUAGGGUGUUGAGUGGGUUUCAUUCCCUAGGACGUGCAGUGAAAUUGGCUCCGGAUUUGUGGUCAGCAAUGCUGAUUCGCUUGGUGGUGAAGCCAGAGUUCCAGAAAUUUGCUUGUGACGUAAGUUCAGCAUUGAUCAGUCACUUCAAGUAUCACCUUCCAGUCAGCUUUUGGAUGGGUAUUUCUCAGCUACUACAUAGAGUGGUUGAUAGAGACAGAUGAAGUAUUGUGAUGUAUCAAGGUCUGUGCUCUCAUUUUCGUAUCUGUGGUUACGGCCGUGUUAGUGUAUUUGUUUUCCAGCGGAUGCGUUGAACGAGCGUGUUUGAGUAGGGAAUGAUCAUUAAUUUCAGGAUCCUAGAGAAACUUGCAUAUAUUAUGCCGUCAGAAGUAGGUUCAAGCACUCUGCGUCCCAUUAUACGAAUAUCAAUUUGUCUGGCAGAACAUUAGACAGGGAUCAAGAAGGGAAAAUACAGCAUACGCUCCAAAAAAGAGAAUGGUCUUCAAAGUGUUGUUGACAAUCUACAAAGGUCGCUUCCAUUUUACCAAUACUUUAAUAGUAUCAAAAACUAUUCAACGUGGCAGAGUUCCGCCAAGGUUUCUGUGAAAUGCCGCUGAGUUUCUGAGUCUCCAUUUGGAGUUGGUUAUAGUUUAUAGCUUAAUUAUAAGCAUAGUGAUAGAACUCUUCUUAACAUUUUUACCUGUCUUGUUUAUAUUAAGUUUUUGUUGAUGAACAUUACUAAUUCAGGGGUGGCUUGGCAGUUCAAAAAAAAAAAGAUAUGUGCCUUUUUUAAGGGGCUUCAUUUUUAAAAAUAAUAUUAUAAGUUAUUGUUUUCUAAUA